CAUUGACCUGCUGGGCCGUUGCGCGCAUAGACUAUGGCUGUGCGCAUAGGUGGGACGUGGUCCCUGAAUUGUUUGUGCAUACGCAAUUUCCUUCCCUUUAGCAUACACCGGGCUGUCAGCCAUACAAAUCUACGUAAGUCUUUCCACAUGAGGCCCUAGAAUGGUUUCGGUAUCAGGAGCAGGGGAGGAGACCAGAGCAGGAGGGCGGAUCCUGUGGAGAAGGAACGCUGGGAGUGUUUGUCGGGAUGUGGGACGAGCGGAGGAGGCUGCGGCGCACCUGGGAAUUCACAGGAACAGGCAACCGUGCCUUCACUUAUUCUCCCCAAAACUUCCGAUCCCGGGCCAUGCACUGAGUUUCAGGCGCAACCGGGAGCAACAUGUACACGACGGAGCGCAGGCGCAUGAGCCUGCGCGACGCGAGGAGGAAGGAUCCGGUGUGGGUGUCCGCUGGAAGUUUGUGGCAGGACUCGGUGCUGGAGCUGACAGCCAACAGCGGCGGCUCCGGGAAACAGCUCGUUUCGCCGCGAAGUCGGACCAGAGCGGUGUCCGUGGCUUACAUCGUCAGCGAGGACGCGUCGGUGCCGCAGACGGAGGAGAACCUCUCUCUGAAAUGCUUGAAGGAAGCCUGCGCGGACGCGCACGCCUCUUUGAGAACUAUUUCAUACGAUAAACUGUCUGCGGGAACCACAGACAUCCUGGAUAGUUUCUACAACGCAGAUGUAGCAGUGGUGGAGAUGAGCGACUCCUUCUGCCAGCCGUCUCUUUUCUACCACCUGGGAGUGAGAGAGAGCUUCAGCAUGACUAAUAACAUCAUCCUGUAUUGUUACAAGCAGGACAGUGAUUUGCAGUCUCUCAAGGAGCAGUGUGGGAGUUACACCUUCAUCCCAUACGUGGUGUCACCUCAGGGCAAAGUGUUCGCCUGCGAUGCCGCCAUGAUGACCUGCAUCAAGGAGCUGAUGCAGCCCAGUCUACAGCUGGAGCCCCUUCUCACGCUGCUGGUGGAGCGAUUGGUGCACCUGCUGAACAACGUGCACAUUCAGUCCAGCGAGUACUUCCGGGAGUCGCUCAGGCAAGAGAUCCGGAUGGCGCGGGAGCGAUUCAGUGGGAAAGCCCUGAGCGAGGAGCUGAGCCGCAUCCAGAGUCGCCUGGAUAGCGUGGAUCUGCUCACGCCCGACAUAGUCAUGAACCUGUUGUUGUCCUACAGAGAUGUUCAGGAUUAUGAUGCCAUGAUCAAGCUGGUGGAGACUCUGAACAACCUGCCCAUGUGUCAGGCUGCAAGGCAUCAGAAUAUCCAGUUUCACUACAUAUUUGCCUUAAACAGGAGGAAUCAUCCCGGCGAUCGGGCGAAGGCUCUGAAACUAAUCCUGCCGAUCGUGGAGUCGGGGGACAAGGUGGCAUCGGACGUCUACUGCCUGUGUGGACGGAUCUACAAAGACACGUUCAUGAGCUCGGGCUACUCUGACGUAUCCAGCAGAGAUCAGGCCUGCUACUGGUAUGGAAAAGCUUUUGAGGCAGAGCCAACCCUCCACUCUGGGAUCAACAGUGUGGUCCUCCUGAUGGCAGCUGGACACGAAUUCGAGACUUCUAUUGAGCUGCGCAAGAUAGGCGUUACCAUAAGCAGGCUGCUUGGCCGAAAGGGCAGUUUGGAGAAGAUGAUGGACUACUGGGAUGUAGGCUUCUACGUUGGAGCAAACAUCCUCGCUAACGAGUUCAGGAAGGUCAUAGAAGCUUCUGAGAAGCUCUACAGACUCAAUGCCCCUGUUUGGUAUCUGGCCUCCAUCAUGGAGACGUACAUCCUGUAUCGGCAGUUUGCCAAGCAGCCUAAGGUGCGCUCCCCCAAACAGGACACUGUUGACUUCUGGAUGGAGCUGCUCCUGCAGUCCUGCAAACCCACCGUCUCGACAAACCGCUGCCCAGUGCUCAUACUGGAGCCUAGUAAAGUCUACCAGCCGUCGAUUGUGAGCGUUAGCGAAGAGGACGAGGACCACACCGUUCAGCUGAAAUACGUCACACCUUUGAAGAAAGGCUUACACCAGUGGACUUUCCCAGCAACUGCAAUCCGAGGGGUGAGCGCAUCAAAGAUUGAUGAGCGGAGCUGCUUCCUGUAUGUGCACUACAACUCGGAUGACUUCCAGCUCUGCUUCCCGUCAGAGAUCCACUGCAAGGGUUUCUGCGAGUUGGUGAACUCUCUGCUCCACCAGGCUGAAAACUCCACUGAUGACCCCCAACUUCUAACUCAGGGAGUACUUGAGUUCAUCUAUGAGACUAACGAGGAUGGCGACAGAGUGAUUCUUGGGAAGGGGACGUAUGGCGUCGUGUACGCUGGCAGAGACCUCAGCAACCAAGUCCGCAUCGCCAUCAAGGAGAUUCCUGAAAAAGACAGCACGUACUCACAGCCCCUCCAUGAGGAAAUAGCUCUCCAUAAAAGGCUCAAACACAGGAACAUUGUCCAGUAUCUUGGCUCUGUCAGUCAGGAUGGUUUCAUCAAGAUCUUCAUGGAAGAAGUACCAGGAGGAAGUCUGUCGUCUCUCCUGCGCUCCAAAUGGGGUCCCCUGAAGGACAACGAAGCGACCAUCAUCUUCUACACCAAACAGAUCCUCGAGGGACUAAAGUACCUUCAUGACAACCAGAUUGUCCACAGAGACAUUAAGGGGGACAACGUGCUCAUCAACACCUACAGCGGCGUGUUAAAGAUCUCCGACUUUGGCACCUCCAAGCGGUUAGCAGGGAUCAAUCCAUGCACUGAAACAUUUACAGGAACACUUCAGUACAUGGCUCCAGAGAUUAUAGACCAAGGACCUCGAGGUUAUGGGAAGCCAGCUGAUAUCUGGUCCCUGGGGUGCACUAUCAUAGAAAUGGCAACAGGCAAGCCCCCCUUUCAUGAGCUUGGCAGUCCUCAGGCAGCCAUGUUUAAGGUGGGCAUGUUUAAGAUCCACCCAAAGGUUCCGGAGUGCAUGUCGGAUGAGGCCAAGGGCUUUAUCAUGAGCUGCUUUGUGCCAGACCCGGACGACCGAGCCACGGCCGGAGAGCUGCUGAGCGACACCUUCCUCAGGUCGCCCUCCAGGAAGAGGACCAAACCCCCGAAGGCGCCAGACCCUAACGAAUCAGCCGACUACCACCGCAGUUUGUCUGUGCCCAUCUCCAUCCUGGUGGAGGACACCGAUUCGGACACGGGCUCGGUGGACCUGGCGUCGUCUCUGGACCUGAGAAAGCACUGGUCGGCCGUCAGAGUGCCUGGCAUCUCAGAGAGUCCGCCCUGCAGCAGCGGCUUCCUCUCGACACCGUAUGACUCUCCAUCAGAGUUGUCCAGUCCAGCCUUAUCGGAGGAGAAUGUCGGCCUCUUUAUGCUGCGAAAGGACAGUGAGAGAAGAGCAACGCUCCACAGAGUCCUCACCGAAUACAUCAAUUAUGUUGUCACUAACAUACAGGAGACUAUACCUCAGUGCGAUGAGGGGUCAUCACUUCGCGGGGACCACAUCGUCACGCUGAUUACCUGCCUGCGUGAAAACAUCCGCUCCCCAGACAGAAAGCAGCUCGCCAGCGGCCUUCUGGAGCUUCGCUCAACCCUGUUGGCAGCAGCGAUACCUCUGAACAGCCUGCAGGCGGUGCUCUUUAACUUCCAGGAUGCAGUGAAGAAAGUGUUAAAGCAACAACAAGUGAAGCCUCACUGGAUGUUCGCUCUGGACAAUCUGCUGAGACAGGCCGUCCAGGAUGCUAUAACUGUCCUGCUGCCAGAACUGAAACUCCAUCUGCAGUCCUCGUUUGAGAUGGAGGACAGUAUCCCCGAGGAGCAAUCUGUGGACCCAGACACUCCUGUAGUUGUUGUCCCUGACCAGGUGAUGGAGCCAACAGACACGCAGCAGCAGGCAGUACCUGGGAAGGAGAAUGGCAUCACGGUCAGCCUCAGAUCCUCAGCCGAGGUCCUCCUCAACAGGAAGUGUCCGCUCAGCGACAAACUGGGAGACAUGAGAGUAGAGACCAGGAGACUGUUGAAUGAGCUGGCGGAGAAGGAGCGAGAGUACCAGGAGCUGCUGAGGAACUCUGUCCAGAAGAAGCAGGAGCAGAUAGAUAAACUAAAGAAAACGUUUAUCAUUGAAGAGAGCAAGUUGAAUUCGAAGAAGAGCUCCAACGAGACUAAGAGUUUGGUUUCCUGGCUGAAAUCGGUCCCCGUGGAUGAAGACACAAUCGAUAAGCUGCUCUCUCAUGAGUUCACCUUGGACUGUCUGCUCCACAUGGCCUCCAGGGACGACUUGAUGUACUGUGGACUAAGGGCUGCAAUGCUGUGUCGUCUGUGGGCGGCCAUCGUGGCUCGAAGGAAGACUCAUAAAACCACGCACAUCAAGGACAGUGAGGACACUCUGCUUUAAUGACCGCUAAAGUGAUGCAUCAAAGGACAUUUUUCCUGACAGGCUGGCCCUGUGUGACCUGGAGAUACAAGCUGCAGAGGGAAAGCAGAUUGUAGUUGCUGUGAAUGUAUUUUGUAAAAUAGAUAAAGAUAGCGCAUGUCUUUGUGCAUAUAAGUAGAAUCUAAGAUUCCUCACUUAAAGGUUAGGUGUAUGUUUUAUACAUUCUCUCAGGGUGUGCGGGAUGUUUUAUUUUUAGAAAAAUAAUCUAGAUGUGUAGAGAGACAUCCAUUUUCUACAUCCACUUAUUCAUGCAGCCACAUACUUUCACCUAAGGGUAAUUUAGAGCAACCAGUUAACCUAACAGUCAUAACCUUUAGCCAAGGAAGCCAGAAUACCCGGAAAAAACCCACGCAUGCACAGGGAGAACCCCAUGCAGAAAGACCCAAGGUCGAACCCGGGACCUUCUUGUUUCUAGGCAACAUUCCUACCAGCUGUGCCUUUGUGCAGCCCUGUAGGGAAAUAGACCAACUUAGUUUUUUAACUUCCUUUUUUUUUCUAUAAGACCUGUUUUGCUGUGUUUUACAGAAACUAGUUUAAGUUAUUAUAAACACCUCUAACACAAAAUCACCUUAUUUGUUUUCUACAGUAUAGAAAAAUGAUCUUCAAUAAUAAACUGAAGCACAUCUUACUGUGUUGUCUGCAUGCA